CGCUCUCUCCACGCCCGCCCCAUUCCCGUUCCCUGCUUGUGUCGCCGGCUCCUGCUGCUGCUCCAUCAUGCCGUCGAACGCCUGAUCCUGGCGACCUGCCCGCAUGGUCGCCCGGUGGCGCAAUGUGCUCUGGCUCACGCUGGCGCUGGCGCUGUGCAGCGCUGUGCAGGGCAAGGGAUCGCCAGAGAAAGACCGCGACAUACUGGUCAAAUUCCGGGACAGCAUCAAAAAUUGGGCGGUGGUGAAGGCUGGGGGCAACCUGCAGGGUUGGGACGACGCCACGCCCGCCUACCUCUGGUCGGGCGUCGUGCUCGACUUUGAGCUGCGCGUGCGCGAAGUCAACCUGCCCUGCUUCGAUUUCAUGUUCUGCACCGUGGCCCAGAUCUCUGCAGAGGCCCCGGUCUUUGCCGAACUUGCCCACCUGGACCAUCUGGAGCUGCUGCACUUGGGCGGCAACAACAUCACUGGCGAGCUGCCUGAUGCCUGGGCGGCGCUGGGCACCUUCCCCGCACUGCAGAGCCUGUCGUUGUCAUCGGCACGGCUCAGCGGCACACUCCCACGCAGCUGGGGCGCUGCCAGUGCAUUCCCGGCGCUCAAGAUGCUGCUCCUCGACCAGAACCAGCUGCGCGGCAGCCUGCCAGUGGAGUGGGGUGCCAAAGGCGCUUUCGCAAGCCUGGAGCAACUUGUGCUGGAAGACAAUUCGCUCAGUGGAGCCCUGCCAGUGAAUUGGGGACAGAGCCCCUCCUUCCCCCGCCUGCAAACGCUUGGGCUGGCGGGCAGUGGUUUGGGCGGCAGCCUGCCGCCUGGCUGGGGCGCUGAUGGUGGAUUCAGCGCCCUGCAGACGCUGUCUCUGGCUCGAUGCGGCUUUCAAGGCGCCCUGCCUCCAGAGUGGGCCGCCCCGAGCCGCUUUCCAAAGCUGAACAAAAUUGAACUUCAAGGGAAUGAGCUUACUGGCGGCCUACCGUCUGAGUGGGGCUGCAAGCAUUGCUUCCCGGCGCUGGCCGAGCUCAUUCUGCUCAAUAACAGCCUGAGCGGCAGCCUGCCAGACUCGUGGGGCAUGCUAGGCGCGCUGCGUAUGCUAGACGUGAGCGGCAACCGGUUGGAGGGGCAGCUCCCGGGCGGCUGGGCGGUGCCUGGCGCGCUGCCACAGCUGGCAACACUUAGCCUGGGGAGUAACAGCCUGGGUGGCACGCUGCCCGGCGCCUGGGGGGACCCCAGGGCGCUGCCCGCACUCUCUUGGCUGGACGCCAGUCAUAACAACAUCAGUGGCACCCUGCCCGGCCAGUGGGGUGCACCAAACUCUUUCCCCCGCCUGCGCCUCCUCUACUUGCAACACAACAACCUCAGCGGGCCGCUUCCCUCCAACUGGAGCUUUAACAGCACCCUGCAGCAGCUGUUUACUCUCUCUUUGGCGCACAACCACUUCACUGGCAACCUGCCUAAUGCCUGGGGCGCCACAGACAACUCCCUGGCAGCUCUGUACAUCCUGGACGUGGGAUUCAACCAGCUUGAUGGCUUGCUGCCCGCUAACUGGGGCACCUCCCGCUCCGCCCUCUCCUCGCUCACUUCCAUCACUAUUGCUGGAAACAACUUCACCGGAGAAAUCCCGCCCAACUGGGGCCUGCUACAAGACAUGCACUAUCUUGUGCUUGCCCCCGGCAACCCUACUGUGUGCCGCCCAUUGCCAUGUGUCGGCCAGUUUGUGACCUGCUAUGGCGAGGACAGUGCCACCUGCCAAGAGCCCGUGCAGCUGCGCUCCAACUGCUCCUCCGAUCUGCCAGGCUGGGUCCCCUACGCCCAGCAGCCUCGGGACGCGCCAGGUCUCACUGGCCUGCAGAUUGGGCUGAUUGCGGCGGGGGCCAGCCUGGUGGCGGCCUGCGGCAUGUUGACUGCGGUGUUGGUGCUGCGUUGGCAGGAGGCGCGGCGUUGGCAGACUGUCAAGGGGCUGGAUGCUGAGCUUGCACUGCGCGGCAGCACCGACCCGCUGGCAGACCUGAUUGCGGCGGCGGCAGCACGCAAGCGUGGCCGUGGCCAGCACUCUGCUCUUGCCACCAAGCUUCUCAAGGAGUGUGCCAUUGAUCACAAAGACGUCAUGUUCUGCCGCGGGCCGGAUGGGAACCUGGUACAGCUGGGCGCAGGCGCAUAUGGCCAGGUCUACAAAGCUUUCCUGUACGGCGUGCACCCCGUGGCGGUCAAGGUGUUCCAGACGCAGGACGAUGUGCCGGCUGACGACUUUUGGCGCGAGAUCUCCAUCCUGCGCACUUGCCGCCAUGGCAACAUUGUGCAGUUCCAGGGUGCCUGCGUGGAUGGCGACACCACGAUGAUGGUGACGGAGCUGUUGGAUACAGACCUGUACCGCGCGCUGCAGCUGAACCGCGUUAACUGGUACAAGCACGGGCUGGAUAUCGCCAUCGAUGUGGCCCAGGCCCUGCACUUUUUGCACUGCCGCAACAUCAUUCACUUUGAUUGCAAGUCACCCAACAUCCUGCUCUCCACAACCAACUCCGCAAAGCUGGCAGACGUCGGAUGGGCCCAGAUCCUCUACCAUUCCUACAUCACAGGCGAUGGUGGCACCUUCAACUGGGCCGCCCCCGAGCAGCUCAUUGGCCUCAAGUGCACAGCAAAGGCAGACGUCUAUUCCUACGGCCUGGUGCUGUGGGAGCUGUGCACGCGUGAGCUUCCAGUGCGGGGGCAAAUUCGUGACAUCAAAGUACCCCAGGAAGCGCCCCAGAUGGCUGUGGACCUGGUCAGGGAGUGCUUGGAUGUCGACCCUGCCAAGCGGCCCACCAUGGAGCAAAUCAUCCACAGGCUCAUGGAGGAGAAGGCGCGGAUGGCAGCAGAGGCGGACACCACUUCCGGCGCCAGCUCCAGCCCCUCCCCAUCCAUGGGCGCAGCCCAGCCCGCCCGCGCUGGAAGCAACAGCAGCCUGGGCCUGCGUGGCCUGGAUGGCUUGCCCGGCACCAGCAUGCACAGCAGCAGCGGCAGCGGUUCUGCAUUCAAUGCCGGUACCAGCAGUGGCCACCAAAGUGGCCACAGCGUAACUCUUGAGAGCACCGCUUUGACUCGCAGCAAGCAGCUCGACGGUAUGCAGGCCGUCCGCCCCGCGCUGCUGCGAGGGGCUCCUGUGGAUGCUGUGUGGAGCACCGAGGAGGACAAGGUGUUUGAGAAUGCACUGGCGCAAUUUUGGGAGCACAAUGACAGGCUGGAGAAGUGUGCCUCGCUGCUAUCGCGGAAGGACCUGCCAGCGGUGCAGCGGCGGUACCUGCAGCUGGAGGAGGACUUGAAGGCCAUUGACUGCGGCCGUGUGCAGCUGCCCAACUACCCGGUGCCGGGCGAGGCGCUGUCGGUUGCACAGCUGCAGAAGAAGGUGAAGAGCCAGGACACGGAGCGGCGCAAGGGCAUCCCAUGGACCGAGGAGGAGCACCGCCUCUUCCUCAUGGGGCUGGCCAAGUACGGCAAGGGCGACUGGCGCUCCAUAUCCCGCAACUUUGUCAUCACCCGCACCCCCACGCAGGUCGCCAGCCAUGCACAAAAAUACUUCAUCCGCCUCAACUCGCAGAACAAGAAGGACAAGCGGCGAGCCAGCAUCCACGACAUCACCACUGUGGCACCCACCGUGGGAGACCAUGCCAAUGGCGGCGCCAUGGGCGGCGGAGGCAGUGCCCCCUCCUUCAUGUCAGGCGUCAUGUCACUGACCAUCACGGGUCAGAAUUCAGCAGUGGCGGCGGUGGUGGCACCCGGGGCCCCGGCGCCACCGGGGGGAAUAGCCAUGAGCGCGGGACUGGCGAUGGCUUGCGCGGCACCUUCAGCGCUGCCACCGGGGUCGAUGAUCCCACCAUAGUGAAAAAGAGGCAAAUGGAGCGCUUGGUUCACAUGUGCAACCUCAUUCUGUAGCAAUGUUUGUUUGCAGUGUUUUAAAAUGCUGAUUUGAUGCUCCUUGUACUGUUUCCACCACCACUGGUUUCCUGCUUGCUCUCAUCCGCUUGUGCCAGCCCACCCCCUGUAGCACACCUACCGC